AUGGAGAUUGACUCGCGCGCGCCAUCUGUAGAAUACGCAGAUCAGACUCACAGCCGGUACGAGCAAUCUCAGGAUCGUGACAUACAACAACAACAACAACAACAGCAACCGUCACAUCUUAUCGAAGGCAACAGGCACUCAAUAAAAGCACCACAAUCAAGGCACUCCCCUUCGAUACGGGGUUCUCCAUACGCUGUGGCUCAAGAUAUGCCAAGCAAUUCAUUGCAAUCUCCUUCACUCUACCAUCGAGGGGCUCAUGGGUCUCACAAAGGACCUGGUGUGAACUCAACAAGUGGCCAGCUUGAGGCUUCAACAGAGGCGUCUCAAGACCGGUCUGCUAUCGAGAAACCUCAAACGAACGGCCAUCACUACCCUCGUUCACCACAAGAUGUCGGUAUAGACGCUAUGGCGCGUCUACAGACGCAGAUGUCUCAAAACAGUGGCGCCUUAGCUGCACACACUCGCGACAUAAGACUUGGCCAGGAGGCGAUCGGGUCAAUGGAAGAAACAAUCCGAGAGUUUCAGGCCAAGUUCGUCCGACAAACUGCCGAUAUCCAAAGAAUCGAAGCGCUGGCUGCAAGGCUGCAGAACGAGGUGCAAGGCAUGCGCCAUGCGAUGGAAUCCAUUAAUCAUGAGUUACAGGCGAGUCGGAUGCAGAGGCAGUCAGCUGGUUCGGCUGUGCCUCCCGUGGUUCCAUCUUUCGCGGCUCAAAGUUCAGCAAUGGAGCUUAUGGCGCGGCAGUUGCAUGACAUGUCGCAUAAGACGAGUGACUUGGAUAACCUGAAGCUUCAUGUCGAGAUCAUGAAGGACAAAAUCUAUCGACUCGAAGAGCGCGCUGGACCAGAGUCUUCACAAGUACCGCCACAUCUACAUCAGGCGCCACAAGGAUCGGUAGCGCAAUCUUCCCAGCCUGCUCUUGUUGCCUCUACAUCACACCAAAUUACAUCAACAACGACGCCGAGUAACAGAGCACCUCAGCCAAUACUCAAUGGACAGCUUCAACAAUCCUCGUUUGGUGCUCCUUCAUCAACGGCUGCCGCCCCAAGUGCUCAGCCCAUAAGUAACCAGACUAGCGGAUGGGCUGCCGUUAACGCAGGGGUGAAACGGGCCCAUCAGGAUGGCGUUGAGACCCCACAGGCAGGCAAUGCCCAUGCACCUGAACCCCCCAAGAGGCAGAGAUUAGUGGAAGACGGUACUUCGGGCUACACAUCUUCACAACAAACACCCAUUACAGACCAUCGCUUCCAAACACCUACGCAUACAGUACCAUCUCAGCAAACUGUUCCUGAAUCGGUGCAUAGGUCGCAAUCACAACAACCGUACCAUGUCCCUUACGCUACACAAGAUGGCCCCUCGGACGCCAGUUCGCAACCCGAGUCUCAGCGUAUGAUUGAGCAUCGACCGCGCGGGCGUCCACGUGGUAGUGGAGGUCCUGGAAGUCGGGGUGGUAGAGGAAGAAAGAGCAUGCCAGCCCAACUCCACGGUACACUCGGAACGCCUGAAUGGGAAAGAGAUGAUUGGCAAGGUGUUCCCGAUUCGCAGACCAGCCCAGCCGGAUACUACAACCACGUAGAGCAACCAGGACGAGGAGGCAUUGCGCGCCGCGGCAGUGGUGGCGGAGGUGGUCGUGGUGGCUACGCAACCAGUGACCGUGCUAGUAGUCUAGGUCUACAAGGCGUAACAGGUGCUAUGAGCUUUGGAUCGCCCAGCGACCCGUAUGGGUUGGGAAAGAAGACGCGCACCAAACCCAUUAGGAAUGCAGAUGGAGUGUUGAUACGCAAAGACGGCCGGCCAGAUAUGCGUUCGCAAUCUUCAGCAGCUAAUCUCCGCAAGGUACACGAGCGCAAAGAAGGCCAAGCAAGCCACUCACCCACAGGCUCGAGCUUUACGCCUACCAACCUCCAAUACACGACUUCAGUAAACACACCAGACACACCGAGUCCAAGAGGAUACGCUACCGACCCAAACGCCACCGAUAAACACAACGCCAUAAUGGGCAAGAUAUUUCCCGAUGGUAUCGACGCAGCAUGCAAAAACCAAGACUACACCCGGCAAGUCUUUGAAGAAAACUACGAUCACACCGUGCACCCACGAUCGCAGAAUAGUGACCCAACAAAGAAGAAGGCAGUUCAGGUUAAGAAAGAGCAAGUAGACCGGAAUAGAGGUUCCAAGACACGAAACCAGCAAGAACAAGACGGGGAUGUGGAUAUGGAUGGGACUGAGGACCAUGCAGAUGAUGAGCGUCAAACACCUGAUGAGGGCAGCAGUGACGCUAGAGGCGGCGUGCGGCUGGAAGAUCAAACCCAGUACGCAAACAUGCAGGAGAACAGUAGCACACGAACUGCUUCGCAAACUAUUCCAGAAACUCAGGCAGUGGAUAGUUCGGUCACGAUUGGAGCGGGGUCUACGCAGACUCAGUAG